AUGUCAGUAAGCCCAGUGACCUACUUUGAAGCUCAAGCACGAUUGACGACUUGGACCGACGAGCUUGAAUUCCUGGGCUACAUUCUUUGUGAGCUGAUCGAUGAGGAGAGGUUGAAUACGAUAGGAUAUCGAUGUCAUCAGGCAGCUGAUCUGCCGGCUAUCAUUAGCAUUCUUCGUCUUCAAUUGAAGGAGCCCGAUGGAUGCCUCGCCAAAAUGAUGACUGAAGACGAACUGACAGUCUUCCGCUGGUUGUUGGAAAAAUCAAAGGACAUUAGGAAUCUUAUGGCGCACCAUAAAAUCCUAAAUGACGACAUAUUGAACGAUCUUGAAAAGACAAAAGAGAGGCUGGGUGUCAGGCUUGAAUUCGCCAUUAGGGGGGCUGCCUCGGAUCGUGGAAUAUAUCAGGUUGCUUGGUCUCCCUAUCAUCAUAUUUGUAAAACAUACAUGGGAGUGAACGGACCAUUGAUAGUCAUGGUUCCGCUUAAUAAGGAACCACUGCUAUCUUUUCGUGACCGAGUCCUACACGAUGAUGACCUCGAACAAAGUCGGGUGCUCUACCGACGCCCAAAGCUCAAGGCAACUGAAGAAGGUCGACAAAAGCAGAAAGAUGAUUAUAAAACCGCCCUCAUCAGAAAACAACAAAGAAAGGAGCGAGACAUUGCCAUGCGGUCCAAUCAUCAAUCUAAGAAACUUGAAAAAUUGGAACAAAGAUUCAUCAAGUCACAGGAGUUGGGAUAUGCUCGAUUAAACGAGGUCAAAGUCCGGAUGAGAGAAGAAAAAGAAGUAUUCUAUCGGCAGCGAGCCGAAAUUCUUAACGACGGAAUAUUUCACCCAACUGUUGGGGAGAAAUUUUUGUUCAUUACAAUUCUUCUUGCAAUUAGUUCGCCGCUCUGGUUGACGGUUGUGCUCAUCUAUAAUAUAUAUAGCAGAACUCGAGGCCGCUGUCGUCGCGAAUAA